CCGUGAGAGUUUAUUUCACGGCCCUGACACUGACACACACAACAGAUACACACGGGAUCUCUAUUUUCUCUUCUUUUUUUAGGUUUUCCCUUGAAGUGUUUAGCAACCCAUAAAGCCUCUGGUAGAAAAGUUUACAUUUUUAUUGUUAUUUUUUUGACCCAUCAUCGAUCAUAACAUCAUGAUUUGCGCUUUGAAGCAACCUGGUAUAUCUAUCAGAGGUUCUGAUGUUGUUCUCCGGAACAAGGGUUUAACUUUACCUCCAGUUAAGUCAUGUUCCCUUGUUCUACCUUCCCUCCCAAGGGAAAAACCUCAGAGAUCCCUGGUGUCAGUGCAAAAUCCACUGCUCCUUUCUUGCAUUGGUUUUGGGAAUUUUGUUGGGUCAGUGAAGCGUGAGCGUAGUGAUUUGGUAACGUGUGGAGCGUAUGAGGCUGAUAGAUCAGAGGUUGAAGGAGCUGAUGCUCCAUCAGAGGCUGCUAAGAAGGUGAAAAUUGGGAUAUACUUUGCAACCUGGUGGGCGCUGAAUGUGGUGUUCAAUAUUUAUAACAAGAAGGUGCUGAAUGCAUACCCCUACCCUUGGCUUACUUCAACUCUUUCUCUUGCAUGUGGGUCUCUUAUGAUGUUGAUCUCAUGGGCCACCCGGAUUGCUGAGGCUCCUAAGACUGAUCUUGAGUUCUGGAAGACUUUGUUCCCUGUUGCUGUUGCACAUACAAUUGGACAUGUAGCGGCAACCGUUAGCAUGUCAAAAGUUGCAGUAUCAUUCACCCAUAUCAUCAAGAGUGGUGAGCCUGCUUUCAGUGUACUGGUUUCCAGAUUUCUUCUGGGUGAGACCUUCCCAGUGCCUGUCUAUCUGUCUUUGAUUCCGAUCAUUGGUGGCUGUGCUCUUGCUGCUGUGACUGAGCUCAAUUUCAAUAUGACUGGUUUUAUGGGGGCUAUGAUAUCAAAUUUGGCAUUUGUAUUCCGUAAUAUCUUUUCAAAAAAGGGCAUGAAGGGAAAGGCUGUUAGUGGAAUGAAUUACUACGCUUGUUUAUCUAUGUUGUCCUUGUUAAUUCUCACACCAUUUGCGAUUGCUGUGGAGGGACCACAGAUGUGGGCAGCUGGAUGGCAAACAGCUCUCUCUCAAAUUGGACCCCAAUUUAUAUGGUGGGUGGCAGCUCAGAGCAUAUUUUAUCAUCUAUACAAUCAAGUGUCGUACAUGUCUCUGGAUGAGAUCUCUCCCUUGACAUUUAGCAUUGGAAACACCAUGAAACGUAUAUCUGUUAUAGUUUCUUCGAUCAUUAUCUUCCACACACCAGUUCAGCCAAUUAAUGCUCUUGGAGCUGCUAUUGCCAUCCUUGGAACCUUCUUGUAUUCACAGGCAAAACAGUAGGGUCGAGGAGUUAAGAAUUAAGGAAGUUGAUUUUGAAAUGAGAUAGCUGGAUUUUCGUAUAAAGACUGGAUGAUCCGGCCGUUUGACAAUUUGUAUAUAAUAAUUAAUAAUAAUAAUGAUACUGCUGAGGAUCAUUAUCAU